GGAGCUCCUCAGUGCUGCUGGAGGAGAAGGGGAGCGGAUGUGACCGCCGGGACGAACCUAAUCUGUUUACCAUGGACGUGUUUAUUGCGUGCGGAUGAUGUUUUCGCCGCACAUUUAAAAGGGUCUCCGGCACCAUCUGAUCCCAUCGGCCUCUGAGGAGCAAAUGCCAUUCCACUGAAAAAGGAUUCAAUCAGGAAUCUGUCACCUCACCAAAGUAGGUGUGAAUUGCUGGCUGCAAUCAUGGGGAACCAGCUGACUGAUAUGGCUCCCAACACGUCGUUCCUGCCAAACUUCCAGUCUCUGCACGUGGUGGUGAUCGGGCUUGACUCGGCCGGCAAAACCUCUCUGCUGUACAGGCUCAAACUGAAGGAGUUUGUAAAGACCAUCCCCACCAAGGGCUUCAACACGGAGAAGAUCAAGGUGGCUGUGGGGCCGUCUCGGACCAUAAACUUCCAGGUGUGGGAUGUGGGCGGCCAGGAGAAGCUGCGCCCACUGUGGAAGUCUUACACCCGGCGGACAGAUGGGUUGGUGUUCGUGGUGGACUCCACUGAGCUGGAGCGGAUGGAGGAGGCCAAAGUGGAGCUCCACAAGAUCACCCGCACCUCAGAGAACCAGGGGGUCCCUGUGCUCAUCCUGGCCAACAAGCAGGACCAGGAUUCAGCCUUGUCUGUCAGCGAGGUGGAGAAGCUGCUUUCCGUCCAUGAACUGAGCCUGUACACGCUGCAUCACGUGCAAAGCUGCAGCGCCGUGGACGGUCAGGGACUCCAGCCAGGCCUGGAGAAACUUUAUGAGAUGAUUCUGAAGAGGAAGAAGAUGGUGAAGCACAACAGGAACAGAAAGAGGUGAACUCACGCUGCGGCCAUGAGGAGAUUUAUACACCGUUGAGACACUUUAAUGGGCCCUUUUAAUGGGAGAACGAUUUGUGCCAACAAAACAAGAAUUACACACGGCCGCAGGGUCAGGAGAAAUGGAUUUGCUCAUAAUAAUUGAAGCAGUAUUGACAUAGUCUUUGUUCCGCACUCCUGCAGCUGCCCCUCGAAAGCUCAAGUUAUAGAUUUAAAGGGAACCUUGAUAGCAGUUAGUCUUCACUAAGUGCUUUUCUACCCUUGUUUUAAAAAAGAAUGCUAGCAAGACAUUUGCCUGUUAACUGUAUAGGACUAAUAUAUGAACACGUGUGAAGCCAUUAGGUCCCUAUAUUAUAUAAAAUAAUCCUUCACACAGAUUCUCCCCCACUUAUUAGCUGUGUUUCUUCCACUGAUGCUUCUCUGAAAUAUUUAUUCCACAUGUUUGUGUUUGUGUUGGACAGAGGGACUUUUCUCUUGUUAAUGAUGUGAAAAGAACCAAAGUUGAUUGGUGAUGGAGCUCCAACUGAUAUUACAUUUAAUUGCCAUGGAACAGUAAUCCCAAGUGCAUUCCCC